AUGUUUGAUCCUUUCCUCAACGCUCGGCGUACACACGCCGCCACCUGCAAAGCAGAAGCCAUGGACCCGCCAAAAGCAUCCAGCAUGCAUCCAGCCAUCGUCCCCGCCAAGCGAUGUCAGCCGCCCUCUUCCUCCACCUUCGCUAGGCCGGAAGCAUCAACUAGUGCAGCAGGUGUGGCAGCCGCAGCGGCUGCCUCGGCAUCGACCAAACAUCUGAAGAAGAAGAUUGCGUCAGCGAACGACGACAGUGUUGCUGCCCGCUUGCAACCCAAGCUCUCUCAGACCUCAUGGCGUCGGACAAAGUCAUAUCAGCACGUCGACCUUAGCGGACCCACGAAGCGCACCGUUCUCGAAUGGCUUCCACGCGAGGUCGUCUUCAUGGUCUUACACCUCCUUUCCUUCCGCGACAUUCAAAGCCUUUUGAGAGCGGAUAAGAGGAUACGACCCUUGAUCCAUGCCAAGACCUUCUGCCCUUGGCGUAAGCUUCUCGCCUCAUUCUUACAUUAUGAACGACAGUACGACGAGACAAUAGCUCUUGAGGAAGAGUCCAUCUUCAACACCUCAGAUUGCGGUGACGAUCAUGACAGCGAUGAUGAUCAAGAUGCACCACAGGCCGCUGGACAGCACGCCCCUCAGAAUGGCCAAGACAGCAAUGUCCCACCGAGACCGGUCAAUGCGGAUCAAGAACAGAUCGAACAGAACUUCCUACAAGCAUACACAGACGUCGUCACUCAGCUCCAGCUCAAAGCGGCACCCACUGGCCUCCUCGAGCUUGUGCCCUGCCUCACACGUCUAUGGCAUGAACAUCCCUCGUUUCCGCUGAUACGCAAAUGGAGCAGAGACUUCCUUAUCGGUCGCGUCACUUCUGAUCACAUCUUUGCUGCUGUCGAUCAUGUCACUGCCGUGGAAACGCUCUGCAGCGUCCGUCUCUACCUCGCUAUUGUCCGCCUUUCGCGUGCCUUUUCGCAUAACCUGCCCCCCAUCCAGUCUGUUCGCAUCUUGGACUACGACUGCCAUACUGCCAUCAACUCUUUCUUCGAGCCCGACCGCAUCCUACCGGAAUCCGGUUCCAUUUCUAACCUUGGCUUCCAGCUCACGCACGAGCAAGAAAGGUUUGUCCGCAGAGAUGUACGUCCAGGCGAGCUCAUCAAAGUGCAAGCCUUUGCAGGCACCGGUAAGACUAGAUCGCUCCUCGCCUAUGCUGAGCGACGCCCGAACAAGCGCUUUCUCUACAUUGCCUUCAACAAAGCAGCUGCUGAUGAAGCGCGACGUCGCUUCCCAGACCACGUCCAGUGUCGCACUAUGCAUUCAGUCGCAUUGUGUCAAGUCGUUCGCACUGCAGGGCAGGACAUCGGCGACUUGCGAGCGCGCGACGUUGUCCGAUUGCUGGGAGAGAGCCUACCCGAAGGCCAACUCAUCCGCGCACAGGCGAUCGCCACACAAACAGGACGAGAUCAUCGACUCACCCCAACAGCGGUCGCAACUUACGUCCUAACAACACUCCAGCGAUUCUUCUACUCUGACGAUACAACUAUCAUACCCGACCGCCACGUACCAACAAAGGUCGCUACCGACACUGACCUCAAGAUCCGCGCGGUGGCACGCUGCGCACAAGAUCUCUGGGACUUCAUCCGACAAGGCUCACCGGACCGGAAUGGCAAAUCAGUCAAAUGCCCUCAUGAUGCCUACGUCAAACUCCUGCAGCUACAAGCCCCACAUCACUCUGAGAACUUCUUCAAGGCUUUCGAUGUGCUACUGUUAGACGAAGCGCAAGAUUUAUCGGCUGCUCAGGUCUCCAUCUUGCUCCGGGCGAAGAAGCACUGUGGCAUCCUGAUUGUGGGUGAUGUCUUCCAGAAGAUCUAUGGAUUCCGUGGUGGUACAGCGAAAGCCUUCAAUGAACGACUGUAUCCGUCAUCGGCGCACUUCCAAUUGACCAAGAGUUUCAGGUUCGGAGACUCAGUGGCAAAGAUUGCCACAGAGAUGCUGGGGCUCAGAAAGCCUGCGGCGUGGGAGAAGGCUAUGGCUAAGCCAAAGCUGAGUGGUGCUUUGGGUGAGGCGGACAGAGUUUUUGCAGAUGCAAGUGUGUUUCGCAGCUUGAUCGAGGCGCCCUCCUCAGAGCAGGCUCCAGCAACACAGCAGCAGGGACCGGCACCAACACAGGCAGCAGACGAAGCAGCAGCAGCAAUCACGCUAGCGAACGGAUUGGGCGAAGGCCAACAGGCAGUCGCAGCACAAGUGUCGAUCUCUCGAAUGGGUCACACUUCUUCGCUCAUGUGUCACACACGUAUCUUCCGUUCCAACCGAAAGCUAUGCCUCACAGCCCUCGCUCUCUCCGCGUCACUGCAUCAACCACACAAGAUCUUCCUCAAGACUUCGCAGUCCCUACAACCAGACGCCAUCGUCACUCUCCUCCGCGACGCACACAUUCUGUAUCAUAACGACAGUCGAUCCAUGUCCCGCAACUCGCUCCUUCGAGACUUUGCAAGCUGGAAAGAUCUGGUUCAGCGAGUGGAAGCAGAGGGUGGAGGGGAAAGCAAACUCUCCCUUGCCGUGGCGUUAGGACCUUUCUUAGCCAGCAACGACUUUUUGGAUCAAGUGAAGCAGCUCGAGACCCGUUUUGCGCCUUUGGAAGAGGAGGCAACGGUGGUACUCACAACAGUACACCAAGCAAAAGGCUUAGAAUGGGACAAUGUGGUUGUUGACGAUGAUUUCAGACCUGUGUUUGGGAAUGACAAGACGCAGCGAGUCGAGGUUGCGGGGUACUGGCAUCAAAACGAACUCAACCACCUCUACGUUGCACUGACGAGAGCGAAGAAGAGGCUGGUGGUGUCGAAGGUGGUCUUGCAAUGGAUUGCCGCUCUCAGAGGGCUGUUCAGAUACCGCUUCGUAACAGGAGGAGAUAAAGAAGGAAUCUGUCCGUGCUGCAAAGCAAGCAAACACGGGCUUGUCGUCAAAGAAUACCGCGUAGCUGUGCUGGACUUUCUUAACCCAUUCAACACUUCCGAAGAGGUGAAGGCGAGAGAACCCGAUCCAAGCCCACUGAAGCAAGUGUUGGGCUGUACAGGGUGUCUCACAGACUCGGAUUCGGCUAUCUUUGUCGAUAUCAGCGCGGAUCCAGAUCUAGCUACGUUCGUUCAAACCGCUCCAAAGAUCUCUCGUCAACGUCCUCACCCUCCCAAACAAGCGCAAUCCGAAGCGGCGGUGGAGGGACAGGAGGAAAAGAAACCAAAGGUGACAAAUGGAGAUGCAGCAGGGGCAGGAAAGUUCAGAGUGGAUUCAGCGAAACAUCCGUUGUUGAAACCAGACCAUAGAAGUAUGAAAUGGGCUAUCAUGCAUCAUGAGUACAAGAGGGCUGUUGGGGGGUGGUUUUGCGAGUAG